AUGGGAAUUCCAGAGAAAGUUCUUUUUUACGGCUUUCAGGGACUUUGUGACGCAUUCGUUAAGGCCUAUGGGGCUGUUAUCCAUCUGAAAUUGACCACCUCAAAUGGAAUGUUCCUUAACUUUGUUAUUGCCAAGACAAGAAUAUCUCCGAUCAAUAAACAGAUUAUUCCACGAUUGGAACUUCUCUCAGCAGUCAUAAUAGCAUGUGUUACCUACGAAGAACUUGAAACAAUCCUGACGGAGAUUGAGUGUGUUCUGAAUUCAAGGCCGCUGACUUAUGUCUUUACCAAAGACCUCAAGGAACCUUUGCCACCAUCCCACCUCCUUUUUAUUAUCGUUGCUUUCUGGUGA